AAAGGAGAGAGCUGUCUGUGGCCGAACAAGAAAUUUAUUAGAUAAUAAAAACGUAACUAUAACGUUAAAAUAUUUAAGUAGUUCCUGCUUUAAAAUUUGAUGUUAACAUGACAGGAUCAGUUCAAAAUUUUUUCCAAACUCAUAUAUUACGCAACAGUGAAAACUCUAAAAACCAAAUAGAAGAAGCAAAUCCGUCUUCUAGUUUUUCUCCAUGUAUUAGACAGGUCUUUUUGGCAAUAGGCCCACUACUUCUGACAGUAUCUUCUGGAAUGACUUUUGGAUAUUCCGCCAUAUUAAUUCCUCAACUACAAGUUGCUGAAAAUAAUACUAUAUCGAUUGAUAGAGGUCAAGCAUCUUGGAUAGCAUCUAUAGCAACCCUCCCCAUGGCAGUAGGAUCCGUUAUAGGUGGAUUCUGUUUAGAACAAUUGGGACGUAAAGCAACACAUACCAUAUCUUGCUUACCAAUAUUUUUGGGAUGGUUGCUUAUCUAUUUAGCUAAUGGAAUUAAGAUGAUCCUUCUGGGAAGAUUCAUAACGGGGCUAUUUACAGGGAUAUUGACGACAGCUACUGCAGUCUAUAUUGGAGAAACCUGUGAGCCUGCCUACAGAGGAAUUUUACUAGCUGGGAUAUCAUUUUGUGUUGCAUUUGGUUUGUUCACAUCCCACCUUCUUGGUACUUUCCUAUCCUGGCAAAAUACAGCGAUGGUAUGCUCUCUGCUCCCUUUAAUCAGUCAAAUAAUAAUUUAUUUUCCUCCAGAGUCUGCAACAUGGCUCGCAGGUAAAGCACGAAUAGAAGAAGCAGAACAAGCAUUUUACUGGUAUAGAGGAGCUUCCGAUAAUGCUAAAAAGGAAUUGAAUAUAAUUUUGCAAUGUCGUAAACAUGAAGCCAAAGGAUCAAGUAAGACUUUCAAAGACAAGAUAAAUGAUCUUCUGGUACCGGAGUUUCUGAAACCAUUAGGAAUAAUUUCUAUCUACAUUAUUACCAAGCAGUGGUCUGGUAUUAAUGCAAUAACAUUUUAUUCUAUUCAUAUCAUGCAAGAAACUAUAGGCAAAGGUGUGGAUGAAUAUAUAUCAACUCUUAUUAUUGAUCUUUUAAGGCUUUGUAUGUCUGUUGUAGCAUGUUUUUUACUUAAAAAAAUCAAAAGACGACCUCUGGCGAUACUAAGUGGUGUCGGUACUUUCCUGUCACUAUUAGUACUAAGUUUCUAUGUCUAUAUUGCAAAGAUUUAUCCUCCAUUCAGUUUAAGUUAUAUUCCACUAAGUUGCCUUAUUUGUUUCAUUAUUUUUUCCAGCAUCGGAUUAGUACCCCUUCCCAGUUCUAUGCUAGGGGAAGUAUUUCCUCUGAGACACAGAAGUAAAGGUAGCGGAAUUUCGUCUUUUAUAGCUUUCUCUAUGUUUUUCUCGGUUGUUAAAUGUGUACCUGGUAUGUUUGGGAUUUAUGGUCCCGAUGGAACGUUUUUAAUUUUUGGUGUAGUCGCCCUUUUCAGUACUUUAUUCGUUAUUGUCUUUCUUCCAGAAACAAAAGAUAGGUCUUUACACGAGAUAGAGGAAUCAUUUAAGAAUAAAAAAUAACACAUUGUAGGUAUGUAUGUUUCUCUAUCUUCAAUAAAAUUUUUGGAAAUACAUAAAAUCUAAAAGUAUCGAAUUGUUCUAGUCCCAUAAUGAAGCCAAUUGGUGUAUUUAAUUAAAUAAAUCUUCCUGGUUUUCCUGCAUAUACUAGAAUGAGUUUUAGACCAAAAAUAAAUUUACGAUUGUUUGUUAUCUUUCGCCAAAACCACAAAAAUACGAAUAUAACAAUACCCUUUGCAACUACCUUAUGUAUUGCCUUAAUGUGUGUAUACCUAAUCUAUC